AUGGGCAGUAAAUUAUCACCGCUUUUGGCCGAUGUCUUCAUGAGUGAUUUCGAAGAAGAACUCCAAAAAGAAAAAAUCUUCCCCCGUAUUUGGAGGCGCUAUGUUGACGACAUUUUCGCAGUAGUUAAGGAGCGAUACUUGACGCAGAUACUUCAGCUGUUGAACACUCGACAUAGUUCCAUCAAAUUCACAAUAGAAAAAGAGACAAACGGCACACUUCCUUUCUUGGAUCUGAUGAUAACCAGGAAAGACGACAACACCUUGAAAUUCGGCAUCUACCGGAAACCCACCUCCACAGACCGGUACAUAACGUCCGACUCCAACCAUUUCGGAACACAACAACAAGCCGCGUUCCAUUCGAUGGCCCAUCGGCUGUUUAAUAUACCGAUGGAAAAGGAAGAAUUCAUUACGGAAAGAAAGAAGAUUCACGAAGCCGCGGUAUUGAAUGGAUAUGACAAAAAAAUUGUAGACAAGAUACUCAGAAAACAUGAACGGAAAAGACAUCGCCAAAACUCCACCACACUACAACCUGACCGAGACCAGAAAAAACGAAUCAGUAUACCUUUCUACCCGAAAUUAACAAAUUCCAUUCAAAACGUUCUCCAACAACAUGGACUUCAAGCAGUCUACAAGAGUAGUCAAACAUUGAAGAAUCUUCUCUGCGCCUUGAAGGACAAAGUUCCAGCGGAGGAAAUGUCGGGAAUUUAUGAAAUUCCCUGCAAAGAUUGUCCCGCAGUAUAUAUUGGACAAACCCGCCGGAAACUCAAAACCCGCUUACGAGAGCAUAAAACUGCCACAGACAACGGAAAAGUCCAUGAAUCGAGUGUUGCAGUGCAUUCUAUGGAACUCAACCAUACCAUAGACUGGGAUCAAUCGAAACUCAAGAAAUGCAUCCGAAAAGUUUCCCAAUUGAAUGCAUGGGAAUCUAUGUUCAUCACCACCGCCGAACAACCACUGAUGAAUGACGACGAUGCUCCGAUAGUUUCGCCCCUCUUCCGAUUGACCAAACAAAAGAUGAAAUAG